AUGCCUUCAGCUGGACUGGAGAUCCUCGGGGUGAGCCUGGCCGUCCUGGGAUGGAUCUCAGCCAUCGUCUCCUGCGCUCUACCCAUGUGGAGGGUGUCGGCGUUCAUCGGGGUGAACCUCAUCACGGCGCAGAUCACCUGGGAGGGGAUAUGGAUGCACUGUGUGGUCCAGAGCACGGGUCACAUGCAGUGCAAACUCCACGACUCCAUGCUGGCUCUGAGCGCUGACCUCCAGGCGGCCCGGGCCCUCACCAUCAUCGCCAUCGUGGUUGGGGUCGUGGGACUCCUGGUGGCCGUCAUGGGGGCAAAGUGCACCAACUGUGUUGACGAGGAGUCCACCAAGGCCCGGGUGAUGAUAGCAGCGGGGGCCACCUUCCUCUUGGCCUCAUUGUUGGAGAUGAUCCCGGUGUCGUGGACCGCCCACAGCAUCAUCAUGGAGUUCUAUAAUCCCAUGACGCCCGAGGCACAGAAGAGGGAGAUAGGGGCGGCGUUGUACCUGGGCUGGGCUGCAGCCGCCUUCCUGCUCAUCGGAGGGGGGAUACUCUGUUCCAGCUGCCCCCCCGAGCCUGAGAAACGAUUCGAGCCCCCUUCACGGAUGGUGUACUCCCAGGCCAGGUCGGUCGCCACCAGUGGCCACGACAGGAGGGACUAUGUCUGA